CCUGUUUGUGGUCUCUGUGCUUUAAAUCCACCUGCUGACACCUCCGCCUCCUGUGCGCUCUCGUCUCCUCCUGCAGCAGCUCCUGCGGCGUCCACAGCUCCUCUGGAAACACUAUCGCCGCCAAUAUCUUCCUCACUCAAACCUAUCAGUCACUUAGAAGACAUAUGUAGCGCAAUACUUUUUUCUGCACUUUCGAUGCAAGUUUUUUUGUGUGUGCAUCGCAUGAAUUGUGUGUCCAAUUUCAUGAUUUCUGGAUCGCGCGGAUACAAGCUGCAGCAGUCGCAUGCCACCAGCCAGAUGGGACUCAACUUUGAAAAAACGGACUGAUGUGACCCCUGGGACCUCCUUGUUGGUCAUCAUGGGAUGUGGCACCUCUGUUGCUACGGAGAAACAAGGGAGAAGAGUGGAGACAGAUGACACAGUUAAGACUCCCAGCCCAGCUCUGACUAUGAAGGCAGCAGUUUUGAUCCAGCGAUGGUACCGGCGCUACAUGGCCCGUCUGGAGAUGAGGCGCAGGUACACCUGGAACAUCUUUCAGUCCAUUGAAUACGCCGGGGAACAGGACCAGCUCCAGCUCUCCAGUUUCUUCAGUUUCAUGCUCGACAACUUCACUCAGCUGAAUGGAAAUGGACCAGACUUGAUCUCCCAGCUGCUAGACCCAGUGGUGGACCCCUGGUUAGACAGAGAGACCUGCUACAACAUGAUCCCUGUUCCAGAGUUGUACACCGGGCCCCGGCUCUCGUUUCCUCUCUCCGUCUCUGAUACGAAUGCUCUCCUUAGUGCAUUUAAGGAGCAGCAGACUCUACAUGCCAGAUAUGUUCUGCAGCUGCUGUACGAGACCAAAAAGCUCCUCAAACAGAUGCCCAACAUCACCCACUUGUCGACAUCCUACACCAAUGAGAUCACUAUAUGUGGUGAUCUGCAUGGGCGGCUUGAUGACUUACUUCUAAUAUUUUAUAAGAAUGGCCUUCCCUCUGCGGAGACACCAUAUGUGUUUAAUGGGGACUUUGUGGACCGUGGGAAAAAGUCUAUCGAAGUGGUCAUCCUCCUGUUCGCCUACCUGCUGCUUUACCCCGACUACAUGCACCUGAAUCGAGGAAACCAUGAAGACCACAUAAUGAACCUCAGAUAUGGGUUCACAAAAGAAGUCAUGCAGAAAUACAAGGCUCAUGGCCGUGAGAUCCUCCAGCUGUUUCAGGACGUUUUCAGCCUUCUGCCCGUCGCAACAGUCAUUGACGGAAAGAUCCUGAUUGUUCACGGAGGGAUAUCAGAUCAGACCGACCUGGACUUCCUCAGUUCCAUAGAGAGGCACAAGGUGAAAUCUGCCCUGAGGUUUCCCAGACGCAGUGUGGAGCAGCUGGACAUCGGCCAGUCCUGCAGACAGAUGAAGAGACUGAGAUCUGCAGCCUGCUCUCGUCCCAGCAGCAGUCGCAGCCACAGCAAGAACCAAAGAACCCCCCACCAGAGAAACAGGCGAUGCGGGCACAGCCGACAAGACAGCGCCGCCUCCACUUCGUCCUCCUCCUCAUCAUCGUCCUCCUCCUCUUUGCUCUGCUCUCCUCGAACUCCAUCGUGCCUCUCGCCUCGCCCGUGCCCGUCUUCUCCCAGCAUGCCUAACGCUAUCAAUGACCUCCAAGUACCUUUCCUGGACUCUCUGUCCUCUGUUCCCCCUCCUUCACCUCCACAACAUGAUCGGGAAUGGAAACAGAUAGUGGAUAUAUUGUGGAGUGACCCUAAAACCCAAAAAGGCUGCAGUCCCAACACAUUCAGAGGAGGAGGCUGCUACUUCGGCCCUGACGUCACCCAGAGACUGCUGCUCCAGCACGGACUCCAGCUGCUCAUCAGAUCCCAUGAGUGCAAACAGGAGGGAUACGAGCUCUGUCAUGGUGGACAGGUGAUCACCAUUUUCUCAGCGUCAAACUACUAUGAGGAGGGAAGCAACCGUGGUGCCUACAUCAAAGUGGGCCGAGAACUGGUUCCCCGCUUCUACCAGUACCAAGUCAGCCGCACAACACGCAAACUCACCCUGACACAGAGGUACAACAGAGUACGAGCUGCUGAAGGCUCUGCUCUCAAGGCCCUGAAGGAGAAGCUGUUCUCCCAUCACUCUGAGCUGCUGUCUGGCCUCCAGCAGUACGACCCGAAUAAUACCGGUAGUGUGUCAGUCAGUGAAUGGGCUCAGGUGUUGGAGUCUGUGCUGAGACUGGAUCUGCCCUGGAGGACACUUCGUCCACACUUAGCCCGUCUGGCACCAGAUGGCAGUGUGGACUAUCAGUCCUGCUUCGAGGAUAUGGAAUCAGGGAUUUCUCUGCCUCAGGUGACUUCAAACUUGGCGGAAACUCUGUUCAGAUACAGGACAGACAUUGAGAUAAUAUUCAACAUUAUAGACAAAGACCAUUCAGGUCUGAUCUCCGUCGAAGAGUUUCGUCACACCUGGCGUCUCUUCAGCGCCCACCUGGGUGUCGACAUCGACGACAGAACCAUCGAUGACCUGGCCCGAAGUAUCGACUUCAACAAGGAUGGCAGCAUAGACUUCACUGAGUUCCUAGAGGCAUUCAGAGUGGUACACAAACUGGACAACAAGGAUCAGCAACUCAACGGAAAGAUGGAUGGAGAGAAGCAUUUGUGAAGGGAAGAAUCUGAAUACUACAGUGUGGAAGCCCUGCAAGAUCAGCAGGAAGGAAGGAAAGUAGGGAAAAGACAAAAUACUUGAGUAUUUCUUAAGUUGUUAAAAGACAAAUACAAUGCACUUUAAAAGUAUUUUGCAUUUUGUCAUUUGUUGGAGUGUUUUUAGCCACACUAUCGUCAUUGAUUUACGCACGGCAAUGUCAAUCCAUAAGUAGCAUCCACCCAAACUUUUUCGACUAAUAUUGGACCUAUUGCCAUGAAACCUUUUACAGACAUUACUAGUCCCCAGAGGAUAAAUCUGAAAGACAUUGGUGAUCCUCUGACCUUUCAUCUAGCACCACCAGCAGGCCAAAUUUCAACAGUGAAAUAUCUUCACAUCAACCAGAUGGAUUGGCAUCAAUUUUAGUAAAGACCUUAAUGAUUCACCAUUUGUAUAGCCUUCUCGGCGUGAAAUGGCUUGACAAACGUUGGAUGGAUUGUCAUGAAAUUUGGCAUUAUUUAGAAGGAUUAUGUUAUGGUACAUGGCUGCAUUUAUAUAUCACUUUUAUUUAAAGCGCUUUACAAGUCACAAACUACCUUGCAAGGUGCUGAUCUGACCAUUGGGAGCAAUUUGGGGAUCAGUGUCUUGCCUAAGGACACAAGAUGGAAGUCCUGGGCAUAAAAGUACACAGGAAAGUCACCAAGAACCCCACCAAGUCUAAAUGAAUUGCUAGAAAAAGUCUGAAACAGGUUCUGGGACUACGAGCUUUAGGUACGGUUUGAUUUAGCACAGAUAUAAUGUCUGACAGCAGAGUUGCAGACUUGUGUGAAACAUAUUGUGCAACAGAUAUACAGCAGGAGUACCAGUGUGAUGUAGCACUGUUACCUACAUGUCAGUACUGUAGUGUUACCUGUGAAUAUUACAUGUAUUGAUACCUGAAGUA